GCUAUAUAAGAUGAUUUCGGCGCCAAAACGUUGUUAGUCUUCGAAGGAAGUGACACGCGAGUACCCAAUCUGCUAGUGUUUUAAGGAAAAAUUUUUAAAGUUUAUUACUAAAAUGUCUUUUCUUUCUGAACGUUUCGACAAUCUGAGCACAUCUGACAACAAAGAAAACCGUAGUACUAUGUCUGGCCAAAAAAUCUUGCAGCCUCAUGACGAAAAUGUGUUGCCGACAAAGCAAGUUGAGAAAUCGGUACAAACCAAAGUUGCCGACCAGAAUGAGCCUCUGCUCCGUCCUAAUCCCAGCCGAUUUGUGUUGUUCCCUAUCCAGUAUCAUGAUAUUUGGCAAAUGUACAAAAAAGCUGAAGCCUCAUUUUGGACUGCUGAAGAAGUUGACCUUUCCAAGGACUUGAACGACUGGGAUAAACUUCAACCUAAUGAAAAGCACUUCAUUUCUCAUGUCUUAGCAUUUUUUGCUGCAUCUGAUGGAAUCGUAAAUGAAAAUCUUGUUGAACGGUUUGCUCAGGAAGUCCAGGUACCUGAGGCUCGCUGUUUCUAUGGUUUCCAAAUAGCCAUGGAAAAUAUCCACUCAGAGAUGUACAGCCUGUUAAUUGAAACCUACAUCAAGGAUUCUGCUGAAAGGAUGAAACUUUUCAACGCUGUUGAGACAAUGCCUUGUGUUGCGAAGAAGGCUGAUUGGGCCAUGAGAUGGAUUGGCAACAGAGAUGCACCUUACAGUGAAAGAAUUGUAGCUUUUGCUGCUGUGGAAGGCAUAUUUUUCUCUGGGUCCUUUGCUGCGAUAUUUUGGCUUAAAAAGCGAGGUUUGAUGCCAGGACUGACAUUCUCCAACGAACUGAUUUCUAGAGAUGAAGGUCUGCACUGCGAUUUUGCAUGCGUUAUGUUCAAACAUUUAGUCAGUAAACCUUCCAAAGAACGUGUUGUCGAAAUCGUAAAUAACGCCGUCAAAAUCGAACAGGAAUUCCUCACCGAUGCACUGCCCGUUGAAAUGAUUGGAAUGAACUGCAGGCUAAUGCGUCAGUACAUCGAAUUUGUUGCCGAUCGUCUUUUGCUUGAACUUGGAUGUGGAAAGCUAUACAAAGUCGAAAAUCCAUUUGAUUUCAUGGAACACAUUUCGCUUGAGGGGAAAACAAAUUUUUUUGAGAAAAAAGUUGGUGAAUAUCAGAAGGCAGGCGUGAUGAACAGCAAGGGUAACGGUGCCCAUGUUUUCACACUUGAUGAAGAUUUUUAACUCCGUUGGCAAUGUCGACACAACAGUUCUUCACUGAAUGGUUUUCUCUUUUUAUCAAAUGUGCCAAUUCCCCGUACAAAUUUUACUGAUCACCUGUUCGAAUAUCGCCAAACCCUUGAAACCAUGGCGCUGCCAAUUAUUGAUGUCGUUUUUUACCGUAAUAAACUGUGACGUAUGAAAA